AUCAAGCAUUCGUCUACACUCCUUUACAAACAAACAACAACUACACACCACACCUACUCUCGAUCCAGGUAAACGAGUUCACAACACACACACAGCAGCUCUUGCGACUCUAGCCACAAGCCUCGGAUCUUUUCCUCUUCCCUUCACCGAGACCGCUGCUCGCAGAUCUUGCUUUCGACUCCCCUAGUCCUUUCGCUCAACCGACAACCGACAUCGUUUUCCCGGUCCACCUUCUUACUUUGCGACAACAAACAACCGGACCAAGCUACUACUACCACUACCACACUACUACUUUCAUCAAUUCGACGUCCUUCUUGCAUCAAAACAAACCCGCAAUAUGGCUGCCGUCCGCCCGACCCGAACCCGGACAGCCAUCCGGACUUAUCAAGACGAGAACUCUUCUAUCCCUACUUCCCAUCCUGUCAAACCGAACCCCGCUGUUCAGGCUCAAGACGCUCCUGUCAAGAACACCGUCCUCCUCCCCGCGCAACAGGUGGAGGUCCUCGGCGUCCGACAGGUCAACAUCAACGGACCUACGGGAGGAAUCAAACGACCCGCUCUCACUUCCAAGGACUCGCAAUCACAACCCCCUCGCAAGGCUCCCAAGCACACACGAUCUAGCUCGGUGACCAAUAAGCCUGAACGUCGCGUACCUACUGUCCCCCUCGGCACCUCGAACUCGUUGAAUAUCAUCGCCAGCACUUCCAACAACAGCAACGUCAGCACCAGCCGACAUGCCGCCGGAUCAUCACGUCAACCGUCUGUCGACCCCGAAGCUCCUUUCAGUGACGCGCCUACGUUGAACACGGUCGACGAGGAUGGCGAUCACGUCAAGCUCAGCGGGACAUCAACGGGGAGCGGGUUGACGCCGUCCUUGACCGAGUUGGGAGUGGGCAAGGUGGACGAUCAUCCUUCGAGCAGCAGGUACAUGGAUGCGGGCGAGGCCGCUCGGUACGAGGACGAGCUGGAGACUCAGCAGAUGCACCACGGACACCAGCUCCAGCAGCACCACCAGAUCGUCGACGUCUUGCCCAAGUUGGAAGAGACCGAAGAGGACCUCCAACGUUCUCAGCGAUCUCAGCACUACCACCUCGAGGCGUCCGCUCACGAGUUGUUGUCCGACGCUCCUGAUGCCGACCAAUACGACGAACAUCAACACGAACACGAGCUCGAGGACCACCACCAGACAUACGACCAAUCGGCUACGCUCGUCGCGCCCCAGGUGGACGAGGACGACUGGUUGUGCUUGACCAAGGAACAGGCUUACUUGGCUCACGCCGAGUUGAACGAUGUCAGGUCGAGGUUCGUGGACGAGGUCGACGAGCUGGAUUGUACGAUGGUGGCAGAGUAUGCCGACGAAAUCUUUGCGCUCAUGGGACAAUUGGAGGUGGAGAGUCUGCCGAAUGCCAACUACAUGGAUCACCAGCACGAGAUGGACUGGGGGAUGCGAACCACCCUCAUUGACUGGUUGCUCCAAGUCCACCUGCGAUACCACAUGUUGCCCGAGACGCUCUGGAUCGCCGUCAACAUUGUCGACAGGUUCUUGUCCGCUAGGGUCGUCUCGUUGAUCAAGCUCCAGUUGGUCGGGGUCACUGCCAUGUUUAUCGCUGCCAAGUAUGAGGAGAUCCUUGCCCCCAGUGUCGAGGAGUUUGUUUACAUGACCGAAGGUGGAUACAACAAGGAUGAGAUCUUGAAGGGAGAGCGAAUCAUCCUACAGACCUUGAACUUUGACAUUUCGUCCUACUGCUCGCCGUACAGCUGGGUCCGAAAAAUCUCCAAGGCAGACGACUACGACGUUCAGACCAGGACCUUGUCCAAGUACUUGAUGGAGGUGACUCUGCUCGACCACAGGUUCCUCCGAGCGAGACCUAGUGUUAUUGCUGCGAUUGGGAUGUACCUGGCCAGGAGGAUGUUGGCAGGCGAAUGGACGGAAGGAUUCGUCUACUACUCUGGGUUCACCGAAGUCCAGCUGCUCGGCGGUGCCAGGAUCUUGACCGAGAUCAUCGCCGCUCCCGGGUUCGCGGAACAGUACGUGUACAAAAAGUACGCGACUAAGAAGUUCUUGCGAGCAUCCCAGUUUGCCGGAGAAUGGGCUCGAGCAAACGUCGCCCAAGACCUGGCCAUAUUUUGAAACGACACAUUCACGACAUCAGUGAUGCAGGAUCGGACGACGAUCGCAUGAUCGUUUCCGGCCAGCCUCCAACGCUAUCUCUGGACUCGCACACCCACUUUAUAUUCACCUUUACCGCUUCUGCAAAGUCCUUGUCCGGCACUCGAAGCGGUCACCACAACUCGCGGACGUCAUCAUUUACCUUUUCACGUUUACACCUUUACGACCCAAUUUUUUUACACCAAACGUUUUUUCUUCUCCUACACAUCAUCCCGCCUGUGCCUUUUAAUACGGUUAAUAGAUUCACACUUGCACAGCUCGGUUGUCUCGUAUAUUUUCCCUCUUCCAUGGGCUCUCCCUGGCUGUGUAUUGGCUUUUCACCUCGCAUGUAUGCAUAGUCUGUCUCAUAUACGAUGAAAUCGAGCACAAU